AUGAUUACUAUGAGUGCAGUAGCACAGCAGGCGCACCGCACGGUGCUCGCUGCGUUGGUCACGUUUGUUUUUAUUCAGGGGUGCGUGUCGCUGGUGAUAUUCCAGUUUUCCAUGAAGUGUAUGUACCGGAGCAAUCGGAUCGGGCUCCAAUCGCAGCUGGAUCGGUCUAAAAAGAGCUUUAUUUUGCUUCUGGUGACGAUCAUGACGAUUGUUGCGCCGUCGUACGUACGGGUCACGACAGACAACGCGUCGGUCGCGAAGGGGACAUUCUGGCGGGACAAGGGGCAGGGCCAGCUGCGGUCGCGGCUGGAGCGCAACUCGGUGGUGAUCAGCAACCACCAGAUAUACACGGACUGGGUGUUCCUAUGGUGGCUGGCUUACACGUCGGGGCUCGCGGGACGGGUGUACAUCAUGCUCAAGAAGUCGCUGGCGGCGAUCCCGGUGCUUGGCUAUGGGAUGAAAAACUACGGCUUCAUCUUCAUGAACCGGAGGUGGAACCUGGACCGGGUGCACCUAGGCAACUCGCUGCAGCGCCUGGACCGUGACGGGCGCGGGCUCGGGCCGCUGGCGGGGCACGCGCCGUCGCGCGUCACUGCCGAGGGAGAGGAGGAAUACGAAUCACAGGACGGCGAAGCGAGCAAACAGACGUGGCCGUACACGCUCAUCUUGUUCCCGGAGGGCACGAACAUGAGCUCGAACACGCGGGAGCGCAGCAAUGUAUACGCGAGAAAGAUUAAUGUACAGCCGUUCGAGAACGUGCUGCUACCGCGCAGCACGGGCCUGCGCUUCGCGCUGGAAAAGCUGGCGCCCAGCUGCGACUGUGUUUACGACGUAACGAUCGGAUACUCGGGGGUCAAGAAGACCACCUACGCGGAGCAGAUUUACGACCUUCAGAGCAUCUUCCUCCGGGGUCAAGGGCCAAAGCUUGUGGAUGUGCACAUCCGCACCUUCAAGCUGUCGGAGAUCCCAUACAAGGAUGAAAAGGCCUUUGAACAGUGGCUCUACAAGGUUUGGGGGGAGAAGGAUAAAUUGCUAGAGCGCUACUACCAGAAGGGCAGCUUUGAUCUGGACCCCGAUUUGACCCAUACUGUUUCAGGGCUGUGCGAAAUUGACACCGCUGAGGUGUUCCUCGUCAUGAUAGUCCCGAUGCUUAUCCUCGCAGCGGCCUCCUUUCUGUUUACGAAGUACGCUGUACAAUAUUUUGGCAAGUAUAGCAUGGCUGCAGCAAUAUAUUAG